AUGGAAAAUGUACCGCCGCAGGUAUGGGCUGUGGCUCAUACUUUGAUUGCCCGCAAUGAGACAAGCAAUUCAACCUCUGCGGCCACCGAUUCUGCCACAGCCAAUCGCCCGCCUGUCUACAAAGCAGUCGGUCUUUCUCUGGCGGUGGCCUCCGGUCUGUUCAUUGGCACUUCCUUCGUGCUGAAAAAGAUGGGACUGCUCAAAGCCAAUGCGAAAUACAACGAGGAAGCUGGCGAGGGUUACGGAUACCUUAAGAACGUCUGGUGGUGGGCAGGCAUGACGCUGAUGAUUGUGGGUGAAAUAUGCAACUUCGUGGCAUACGCCUUUGUUGACGCAAUUCUGGUCACGCCCCUGGGUGCUCUGAGCGUUGUGGUCACCACGAUUCUGUCUGCAAUCUUCCUCAAGGAGCGGUUGAGCUUUGUCGGCAAGGUGGGCUGCUUCAACUGCAUUAUCGGCAGCAUCGUCAUUGUCCUCAAUGCGCCCGAACAGAGCGCCGUGGCUGAUAUCCAGCAAAUGCAGCACUUUGUGAUUGCGCCAGGGUUUCUGUCGUAUGCCGGGGUUGUCAUCGUCGCCUGUACGUUCAUCGCUCUCUGGGCAGGCCCGAGGUACGGAAAGAAGAGCAUGCUGGUGUAUCUCACCAUUUGCAGCUUGAUCGGAGGUCUCAGCGUCGUCGCAACUCAAGGAUUGGGCAGCGCGAUUGUCGCUCAAGCUGGCGGCAAAUCACAGUUCAACCAGUGGUUCCUUUAUGUCCUGUUGGUUUUUGUGGUUGCGACGCUGUUGACCGAGAUCAUCUACCUGAACAAAGCUCUGAAUAUCUUCAACGCCGCGCUUGUGACCCCGACCUACUACGUGAUCUUCACCAGUGCGACGAUUAUCACUUCGGCAAUCCUUUUCCGUGGAUUCAAGGGGACCGCCGUAACGAUUACGACCGUGAUCAUGGGAUUCUUCCAGAUCUGUGCUGGCGUUGUACUGUUGCAAAUGUCCAAGUCUGCGAAGGAUGUACCCGACGCAGCUGUCUUCAAAGGAGAUCUCGACCAAGUCAGAGAAAUCGCGGAGGUCGAACAGCCGGAAACCGAACCAAAAGCUGACGCUAUCCGCGGAACUGCUGCUUUGAUUAGGCGACUAUCCGCCUCCCGACAGAAGAUGGAACAGGAGGAAGCCAGGCGGUUGCGAGAAGACACGCUCAAAGACCAACUAGAGCCGCUGCGCGAAAAUGAGAUUGUGGAAUGGGACGGCCUUAGACGACGGAAAACAGUUCUCGGUGAACCUGGCGCUCCUGUUCGAAGAAAUACUCUUCGUCCACCACUGGGCAUGUCCCAUUUUCCACAACCAGACGACGAAGAAAACGAACAUGGUCCCAGCUUCUUUGAGAACCUUCGACACCGUGCACAGAGUGUCAUCCGUCACCCUACUCCUGGCCGUCAUCAAGACAUGCCAGAGGACUCUUUGCGAAGCCCCAUACAUCCUGUUGCCUUGACCGAUAUAAAGGUCCACUCGUCCAAGUCCGAGUCACCCAUUGUGCCGUAUGGUCCAGGGAGCUACGAAGAUGCCCAAGAACGAAUCUAUGGACUCCCACCCGGCCAGCUUCAAAAAGAGAGAGCCGUCACGAUCGCGGCUCAACCGUCGCCUCGGUCGAAACCUCUACCGGCCAAACCGUCAUCGUCCCCAUCACUUCGACCGGCUCCUGAAGCAAGACGACAAUUUUCUUUCACAAAUUUCCUCCGCCCUGGCUCACGCACACCGGACAUCGAUUCAGCCUCGUCACGGCCGCGUUUGUCGCACCGUGCCAGCAGUAACGAGCAGAGGCGCGCCUUCAAGAAUGGUUCAGAGGAGGAAAGACUGGGGCUUGUCAAGGGUGAUUCUCACGUUGCAUUGCUUGAACAUGAAUCUCCUCGUUCGCCCGAACGCCCAGCUCAAUCCAUGCCCUAUGCCCCUGCAAACCCCCAUUCCCAAUCCAGCUCCACCAGCAGUGUUGAUGAUGACGAGCACCGAGAGUCCGCCGAACGAGACAAUCUCAGCCACACCACCACCGGUGACGACAAGCAGCCGGCGAAGGCCAAGUCCGCCGACGAUCUAUCAACCCCCACCUUUGAUCACAAGGAGUUCACCGACGAGCGCGAACGACGAGCGAGCAAUACCGGGGACCAUGGUGGGAGGAGGGUCAACACGGGGCAGAGCCACUCAAGCAGCAUCAGACCAUUUCCCGAAUUCGUCGACGAGCCCGCCGAGAUACACGAGUCGGCACCCAGACAUUGGUUUUCGCAGGACGGAUGGCGACGAUCACCUGCCUCGAGUCUCGGAGGACGCAAGAGUGAAUGA